GGAAGGGCCGUUCCUGAGGCUGGGGUACAGUGCCUUGGAAAGCACCCCUGAAACAGUGGACCUUGUAUUUUUAGUGUCCCCUGCAACCAUCCUUUGACUUAGAGCAAGAAUUUCCGCUGCUGCUACCCCCGAGAUGGGCUUCACCAGAUGUUAAUAACGUGCUUAUUUUCUCUAAGUGCUAUUUUGGCACCAGUGUUAGUUGCAAUUUAUAUUCUGCAGCAUUUGAUGCUGGGAAAAGAACCCACCCUAAUGGUCCCCAAUUGGCAGAGCUCGGCUGUUAAGCAGCGGACCAUAUGCUGCCUGCUGGAGGAGCGUGGUCAGCACUUGUCCCCGUGCCUGCGUGCGUGUGCCUGCGUGCACGUGUGCCUGCGGGUACCUGUGCCUUGUGUGUGCACAUGUGCCUGCAUGCAUGUGCCUGCGUGCACGUGUGCCUGCGUGUACAUGUGCCUGCGUGUACCUGUGCCCUGUGUGUGCACGUGUGCCUGCGUGUACCUGUGCCCUGUGUGUGCAUGCGUGUGUGAGUCACGUCUUCCGUGUGUGUAUGUGAGGGAGAGACUGCGGGGUUGGAGGGAGGGUGGAGGGGAAAGGGUAUGUAUCCCUUUGUUCUUUAAAAGGGAGAGCCCCAACCUCUCUGGCUGCCCCCUCCUGCCUGUGCUCCCAGCUCACCCCACACCUAGCUGCUAUUUAUUCUCCUGACCCCCUCCCGGCCCUGCAGCCCCGUGUCCCACAGCCUCCGCCCCGCCUCCUGCUCCACGUCACCAGGCAACACUCGGCCCCACCAGGCUUCCGAAGGUGGCCCAGAGCAAAGCUGCCUUUCUGGG